UACGUCAGCAUCAGAGUGAUCCAGUGCAGUUCAGUACAGGCAGCGUUAUGUUUAUAUCCUCAAAAAUCAACAGACUCAUAUUCAUGUUUGUGUCACAGAGUGGUGACCUGUCCAUGUGUACCUCUGCUGUCACAGCCCUCCCCUGCUCUCACACCAACAAACAAAUAAGGAAGUCAUAUUUAGAUAUUAGAAGGUAACUUCCUCGUUCUGCCUGUUGGACAGUCCACUGUUUGAAGUUUCUGUCCUUUUUCCAGAGCUUAAUGUAAACAAGUCCUUUCAUAACUCAUAUCUACACUGUGUCUUUGUGUCAGUGGGGAAGUCUGUAUCUUAAAAUUCAAAUACUGAGUACAGAGUGUGUGUUAGUCCAGAUGGUUAUUUACUGCAGAGCUGUCUGCAUGAACAGCAGAGAAGAACCAGAUACUUUUUUCCAGUGCCGACUGCCACUCCACCACUUGGAUCUCAGUUCGUAUCCACUCACUGGAAAAUAUCUCCAAACCUCACCUGCCUGCCCUCCUGCUCGCUCACCACUUUGGAUCCAACGGACCCCAGGUCAGUGUGUCUUCAUCACAUGUCAGCUGUAUGAGUACCACUUUAUUAAAGAACAGAUGAGCUGGGAUGAAGCACGGGCAUACUGCAGAGAGAAAUACACAGACCUGGCCAAAGUGUUUGACCUGACAGACAUGAGAAGACUUCAAGACUCUGCACAGAGUCAAACAGCCUGGAUUGGACUGUACAACAUCACAGGAGGAGACAACAGGAGGUGGCACUGGUCUCUGCCGGGGGAGGAAUACACUGAAAAUAAGACCUGCUGGGGAGCUGGAGAGCCAAAUGAUCAACCAUAUCCUGAGGACUGUGUGAGGACAGUAGACAAAAACAAUAAAAAAAACAAAACCUUUCAUUUGAUUGAGACGUCUGUGACCUGGACUCAGGCUCAGAGCUACUGCAGACAGCAUCACACCGACCUGGCCAGUGGACUCGAUCAGAUAUACAGUGAAGAGUUUAAGAAGCUGCAGAACUCUACAGCCUUGUGGAUCGGCCUGUUCAGAGACAGCUGGAGGUGGUCAGAUGGGAGUAACUUCUCUUUCAGAUACUGGGACAUGGACUCAUUUAAUGAUGGACUAAACAACAGGACAUGUGCUACGACUCUGUUAGAGAGAUCAGGAAGAUGGAGCUCUGCUGGAUGUGACCAAAGAAAGCCUUUCUUCUGCUAUGAUGUGAAACUGGACCAAACAUCCAGAUUUAAUGUUUGUUCAGAUAAACUGAUUCUGAUCAGGGAAAACAAAACCUGGGAGGAAGCCUUGAAUUACUGCAGACAGAAACACCAUGACCUGGUUUCAAUCAGCAACCCUGAGGAGCAGCGAUGGGUCCAGGAAAGAGCAACAGAUUAUUACCUGCAGGUUAGAUAUUUGCAGAGAGCAGUCUGUGUUUCAUUUCCUCUCCUUUACCAGAGUCAGGAACAUCUUGGUUUCUUCCUUCAUUGUUGCUGGAUUGGUUCAUUAUUAAACUGUAGCAGGAUAUUUGGUUUGGUUUAGUUCAGAUAUGGUGAUGUUUUGAAUAUUUCUGCUUCAUGUGCUGUAAAUCUUUGUAUCACACCUUUGUAUCCUCAGCUUGAAUUCAGACACGAGUUUUGGUCCUGAAUUCAGCCACAUUUGAGGUUUUUCAAGUUCAUCCCAAAGCAACUCAAUCUGAUUUAGACCUUCUUACUUGAAUGUUGGUGGUUUGAUCCCUGUCUGCUUCAAUCUGUCCUGUGGCAAGAUACUAACCCUAGGUGCACCCCAAUGCAUCCACUGAAGUGUGGAUGUGUAUUUUAGGUGGCACUAAAAAAAUCUUGGAAAAUGAACAAGUUGUAUAAAGCGCUUUGAGUGCUCAGAGUAGAAAAAUGCUAUAUAAGAACCAGUUCAUUCUUUUUUCUUUGAGCCAUUCAGAGUUGGACUUGCUGGUCUCUCUGCGUAACCUGAGAGCUCUUGAGUUUCAGGACAUAAACUGAUGUUUGGACAUCCUCCUUCAGGAUUUCUAAGAGCAGAAUUCAUGUCGUCCUGAAGCAGCAGAGCAGCCCAGACCAUCACACCACGUCUGACUGCUCCUGUGAUGUUCUGUUUAUAAAAUGCUGUUACGCUUAUGUCAGACUUAAUGGGACUCAAACCUUAAAGUUCAGCUGUUGUCUCGUCAGUCUGCAGAAUAGUUUCUGACCAGGAUCAUCGUGGUGGUUUUGGCAGAUGUGAGAUGAGGGUUUGUAUUGUUUUUGCUGAGCAGUGGUUUUCUCCUUUUCGCCACUCAAAUAUAAAUUCUAACUUUUCAACUUUCAAAAAUUGGUUUCAUGGCAGAAUUUCUGGGGCAACAUCAUUUCACUAUAAUUUUCCAAUCAAAACAGAUCUGCAGGUCCUUCCUCCCUGCAGCUGUCAGACUGUAAAAUCAAAACCGCUCCCAACAAUCAUAGAUGUUUACAUCUGCGCUAUAACUGCAAUUUAAUCAACCAAUUCGCACUACAACCUGGGUUUGCCUCUUAUCUGUAGUUCAUUUUAUUUACUUUAAUAACUGUACAUCGUGUGAUCAAGAGUUGGGAGGUUGCCUUGUAAUCGCAAGGUUGCCUGUUUGAGUCCUGGCUUGGACAGUCUCGGUCGUUGUGUCCUUGAGCAAGACACUUCACCCGUUGCCUACUGAAACACUAUUUUCUCUUUUUGUUUUUGACAUGAAGGGGAGUUUAGAAAUCAGCCCGUAAUUUGCUAGAGUUUUAUCAUCAAGGCUGCUUUUCUUGAUAACAGGUUGCACGACUGCACGUUUAAAGACAGUUGGAACAAAGCCAGAUGAGUUCAUUAAAAAUAAGAUACAGGACCCGAUUGUAUUCAAUGCAUCCUUAAUGAUACGAGAGGGACUAAUGUCAUGCAAAGAAUUUGAGCUUCCCAGUUUAUUAAUUGUUUCCUUUAAAGUAGAGAAUGACACAGGUUCAAACUGUUGAAAAACCAUUGAACAUUCGGACACUGGGGCUUGAUUUACUGCAGGAGAAUUUGGAGCCCUUAACACUGAGAUUUUAUCUAUAAAAUGAUUUAGAAAUUUUUCGCAAAGAGCCGGAGAGGCCUCCCUCGAAACAUCAGAGCAAGGAUUAAUCACUGAGUUAAAGAUUUUAAACAGAACUCGGAGAUUGUGACUAUUAGUUGCAAUGAUGUUCGACAAAAAAGAAGUUUUUGCCAUUUUGGCAGCCUGCCAUAAGCCAAAGACUUUUCUCAAGGGAUGUACCACUUUCAGAUGGGUGAUAUAAAACAGUCCAACUGAUAAUAGGUUUAAUUUCAUAAAUCCAUGACUUUUCAAUAUCUUUGAUGUUGCCUGGUCAACUGUAAG